UAAUUGUGUUUAUUAAACAUGUGUUUAACUUGCAGCAAUCUUAAUAAAAACAGUUGGUUUUAACUGCUCGGGAGCAAGUCAAAACUUCGUCAAUGCAUCUGUAUCAAAGUUGUUCAUUUAAUAACUCAAAUUUACAACAUAUUAAGUCUUUAAAUAACACAUGUAACAUUGAAAAAUAAAUUGAAUAAAUAUUAAAAAAUCAGUAAAUGUUCAUAUCGUUCUGUUUUCAUAAAUGUUUGAAAUAAAAGUGUGCUGUCAACUUGUAUCAUUUUAUACGACACGACUAAAUAAUGACAAGACAUCAUAAAAUACGCCAAUAACCUUUUCUGGAUGGAAUAUAAUACAUCACGUAUUUAAAAGUGACAGAAUUAAUGAGGAAUCGCUAAUUAUCAGACGAAUAAAUCAUCAAUAAUAUCGUCAUAAUCUUUCCAUGAGAAAAUACCGACUGAGAACAUUAAAAGAUAAGAAACGACAAAUUGUCAACUUCCAAACAUGAAUUAUUAACCCAGCGGGAUUAUCAUAUCUUGCUUUAUUACCAACCAUUCCGUUUUAGGCGACACUGCCUGUAAUAAACAAUAUAUGGUGUAUGUUAUGACGUCAUUGAUAUCCCGGCCAUCUCAAUAUGGCGAUCAAAUUCUCGUAGAAUUAGGUAUACCAUUGCAUCGGCUGAAUUAUUCGAAUAACUUUGGAUUUUAUCGACUCUGACACUGUUCAUACAGAUUAUUUAUGACAGAUUCCUGAAAAAAAAGUGCCUAGGUUAUCUCAGAUCAACACUUUUACCUCAUAACUCUAAGAUGGCCUACCGAACUUCGAAUCACUUUUAAACCGCCAACUGUUAUUUCUACCUUUUAAGGUAAUUUUUCUCCGAACAGUCACAGUUACGACAACAGCGGAACAUGUCUGCUUACGAAACCGAGGCUCUGUCGAUGACCGUGAGAUAUAACAAGGGAGGUAAAAAGAAUGGCUACCUGCCAGAUGGGUUUGAAAAACCUCCUGAUUGGGAAAAUGAAUAUUCCGAAGAGGAUGAAGUGUUUGUUGAAAGUCCAAGCAUAGACAAAGAUUGUGCAACAAAACCUUUAAUGUAUCCAAGGUCAAGGACGAAAACAAAAAUUGGGCGUGGCCGACUCCGCAAAUGCCGACCAAUAGUAAAUGCUGUCUCAUGUUUUCUAUUCUUGGUGCUUUCAUUGGGCUCUUUAAUGGGUCUUGUUGUGUAUUUUGUAAACAAACACGAGCAAAAUAAAGCUGGAUUUAAUAAAGUGAUUUCACCAGGUGCUUUCAAUUUUGUUAAUGAGAAAAUAACGCGGGAUUAUUCGGAUAUUGUCGGUUGUGAUCAUAUAGAAGUUGAGGAUGUUUGGACUGUAGGUAUACCUAAAUUAUUGACAGAAUCUGCAUUCCGAUUGGUUGAUGUUAAUCAAGAUGGCGUACUAGACAUCAUUGUGGGAUUUGCAACAGGUGCAGAUGGCUACAACAUUCCUAGCAUUGUAUGUGAUAUUUACUUCCCUGGUUCCUACCCAUGUUUUGGAGGAUUGUUAGCGCUAGAGGGAGCCAGUGGAAAAGAAUUAUGGCGGCACUAUUCGGAUCAUGAAAUUUACGGACUUAACUGUGAAGUCGAUUUAAACAAAGAUGGCGUAAUGGAUUGUCUUGCAGGCGGUCGAGCGGGGGCUUUCCAAGCUGUGAGCGGAAAAGACGGGUCUCUGAUUUGGAAUUUCGGUAAACAAGAAGCAAAGAAUGACAUAAUGAACUUGUACACGGCUCAGAUCAUCAAAGACAUAGACGGAGAUGGUACUGUAGACAUAUUGGCGAUACAUGGUGGGGACCCUUUGCAAGAUCCAGGAAGCAAGUUUCGCCUAUCCGGCCGUAUUUUGUUGAUGAGUGGCAAGACUGGUAAGGUAAUCAAUUGGAAGGGCGUCCCGGACGGUCGCGAGUCGUACUACUCUCCUCAAGUCUACACAGGGCUGGACGGUUCCCAGAUGGUAUUGUUUGGCACAGGCGGAGAGACACACGGUGGAUCUCUGUGGGUCAUUAAACUAGAUGAUUUAAUCAAAGGCGAUAUUGAUAAGGCAAUGGCAUUAUUUACGGACAAAUUUAAAGGAGUAAUGACGCCACCAGCUUUAGUUGACGUCACCGGUGACGGUGUCGAGGACAUUAUUGUUCCAGUUUUUAACUCGUCUGUACUCGCGAUUAAUGGCGACACAUUCAAAGUUAUUUGGAAAUAUGCACAGCCUGGGUCGGAAUCAUACAGUACUCCUUCACCUGGAUUUUAUAACGACGACGAUGUUCCUGAUUUUCUCAUUAAAUUUGCACAUGGACCAGGCUUUCCCGUAUACUAUCAUUCAACAACAACAGUCUUAGACGGUAAAACUGGUAAGCCACUCAUUGAUCCACCAAUUAGAGACACUGUCGGGGCCCAAGCUUCUCCGAUCACAAUAAGUAUGGAAGGUCGAGGGAACGAUGUCUUUCUGUAUUGGGUGGCAGACUGCUUAGACCACGAGGGCCAAGGCGGGGAAUUCACAUUUGUAGAGGGGACAAAUGUGCACGAGCAAAGUCGUUCUGAUUUUUGUCGUUUGAGAUUUAAAACCAAUGGUUACAGUAAAAUAUAUGCAAUCAGCCAAAAUAUACCGCCACCCGGAUCAACUGUUUACUACUCAGAGGACCGUGUUGAAGUGGAGCAUGCAAGUUGGAUUAAUACUACAAAGGAAGGUCUAGAAUUCGUGAUAUCUCAUCCGGAAUAUCUCGACGAAUAUCGAAGAUUUUCCCAUCCUGAAUUCAGUGACAAUAACAUAAUUGACGAUAUGACACCAAAAGAAGAAGGAAGCGAAUCUCUAUUUGAGACCCCGUUAUUUGAUGAUAAUGAAAGAACUACUUACAAAAAAGGACCUUCGUCGGGUUUAUUUAGACCCCAGUCUUCUUCUGUAUUGAACUCAAUGAAAAAUAACGAUUAUCCGGAUUAUAACUACCGGGAUCCGUAUUAUGAUCAAGAUCAGGUAAGGGGACGGCAAGGCACGGCAUAUAGCAGGACUAAACCGGGUUAUAACGAUUAUGACUACGAUAAUUAUUUUCAAAAAGCGCCACAGUAUAAAUAUGGCGGCAGGACUAAAUAUAGAGGAAAAUACCCGUCUAAAAAUAGAAGUGAAAGGGUAAGACAAAGAAACGUAGCUAAUAGUGGAUACAGUUCAGUGAACACAGUAAAACCAAUAGCAAUGCGUGAUACGCGGACUAAUACAAACACUGGUGCUAAGGUAGAAAAUAGUGCAACAUCAUUUAUAUCUAGGAGGACAAAGAAGCGUUCAAGUAAAAGGUUUUAUACGUUACAACAGAGUAAAGACAAAAAUAAAAGGCGAAGAAAGCGUCGCCAUGUUGGUCCUCAUGAUGAAAAGGGGCUGCAAAGACUUUUAUCAACCGGAAGCUUAGCACCUACAUUAUUGCCAAAAGAUAAUUAUAAUUAUAACCAUUCUGUAGAUGUUGUGUUUGCCACAUACUGGUUCUUUCCCGCCAAAACUAGAGCUAUUUUACCAGACGACCAAAAGUGCAUUGAGAGGAAAAUGUCAGAAGAGACCAUUAGAUUCGAUACAAAAAGUAAAUAUUUCGGAAUGGACCACGAUGCGUACGAACAUACAAUUACAGACGAAUGUUUACAAAACAGUGACCACAACCUACCUGAUGAGGGCACGUAUGAAAGUCAGGACAAGUACGAUCCCUUUAACGUCCAUAUGGGUCAAAUGACGAUUUACAGAUUACGUCUGACUUGCACGUGCAGUAACCAGACACAAAUAGAAAAGGCGGGAAAACGAUGUGGAAACAUUCUUCCGUUUGAUCAACAACAGUGGUACGCAUAUAUGGGAAAUAAGGCGGACAGUCAUUGGGUACCAAGAGAAAAGAAUUGAUCAGAAAUAUUAUUGUGUUGUUUUGAAGAAUAAACAUGUUGCUGGCGUCGAAAACAGAAAACAUGCACGUAACAUGUAACACGAUCUCUGGAAGGCAAUAUUUGAAGAAGCACGCAAUGUCAUUUGAAAAUAGACAAAAGAUAUUCCUGUAUGAACUGCUUUUAUGAUUAAAUAAUGGAUUCGACACAUCUUAAUGUAGAUUUUACUUGAAUCGAAUUGUAAAAUUGAUGAAAUUUAAAGAAAGGAAUGACUCUGGAUAUAACAGAAAAUGUUCACAGCUUUUUAGAAUUAGUUUGACAUCUUUUGACAUUUAUAAAUACAUAUAUGACAUACUGAAUUAUUUUAUCAUUAUUAUAAGCAAAUUAUUUGACUUAAUCAGUGAGAUACAGUUUAUAUCACAGUUUAUAUCACGCAGUGUAUAUCACUCAUUUUUUAAGUAUUAUCUGACAUAGCUAAUUUAAAAAACUUUCAAACAUUGAAAGUCAGUUUCCCCUUGAGAUAUAAACCAUAUUCAUGCUAAGCAAAUAAAUCAUAUGUAUUAUUUGUUUAUACUUUUACAUGAACCGUAUAAAGAAUUAUAUUAAUUUAUUAUAGAUAUUGUUAUGGUGACGUGUAAAUUACGUCAUCUGUUGGCUGUCGAAAUGCUGUUUUUCACUUGUCUAUUUAAAAGAAUGGGGUUAUUACAUAUUUUUGACGAUAUUGAAUUCUCAUGAACGAGUGAACAGCUUUUAAACAUAUUGUAUAGUGGACGGGGAACAAGCAGAGUCUUAUAUAGGUUUUGCAGCUGUGUACGAGUCCAAUAUAAGCUUCUUAGCUUAUGUAUUUAAUAACGAUUUUUGGACUAUGAAAAUAAAAACAAAGCUAUAGACGGAGUACAUUACUGCUUUAAUAAUUAUGGACACUUUGGACUCGGAAAAUGAAAUCGAGGCUAAUUCUAUGAUUUGAUACAAUAAUGAUAUAUUGGAGAUCAAAUGUUGCAAACGCUGGACAUUUAUUGGUUGCAUUUAUCAGGUGUGAAAUAUUUGUUUCAAACCGUUUUAAUUGAAAAAAUAAUAUGAUAUUAUGAAUGAGUAUAUAUUUUGCAUGAUGGCUCUUUUUUAAGUUGUCUGUUUCGGUCGUUUAAUAUCAUGCAGGAUUUUUUUUCUGAGAUAAACUGGAUUUCUUUAUAAAGAUUUUUUGUAUUUUUCUUUUCAAAAUACUUUUGAUUAUCUUUUAUCAGUCUUGAUAUAAGAUAUUUAAAUGAUUUUCUAAUUAUCUGAUUAUUUUCGCUCCGGUUUUGUCAUUAUGUGUGAUACAUACAUUUGUAUUAUCUAUUUUUCAGAAAUCCUCAUAUAUUAACUACAUUGUCACUUGACACCAAUCUUCAUUUAUCUAUCAUAUUUUCUAAUAGAUUGAUUCAUAUAUCAUUUUGCGUGACAGCAGUAUGGAGAUUAUCAUACGUUACUAAGACAUUCAAUUUUCAUAUUGUCUCAUAUAUUUUCUCAUAUAUUUUCUCAUAUAAAUUAAUGUCCGACAACAUCAAGAAGAUAAUUACAAUUCCUGUCUCCGUUUAAGUUUAUACAGCAUCUAUUUUAGUAUGACCUUGUUGGAAGCUAUAUGCUUAUUCAAACACUUUAAGAUUCGAUGCCGGAACAACCAGUACUAAGCAACGACUGUUUUGCAUAUGGAAACAACGGCUUGUCCCUGACAUUGUUUGAAACUACUCGGUAAACAAUUCGUAAAUUAAAAGUCCGACGCGUUGACCACUCGGCCAGGCCGCCACUUGUCUUCGAUUUAAGUGGUGUACAACAAUUUGUUAAUCAAAAUACUUUUUACUAAAAAAAUACUUACAUUACACAUAUUAUUGAUUCUAAUAUUCCAUUUUCAUCAGACUUCUGAUAUGGUCACUUUUAUCAGCGAAUGCUUUAGUUUACAGUAUUAUCUUUUUUCUUCAUUAAUUUUAGUCGUCACAAAUCAACAUUAUCUUUACUUUCAUAUAUAUUUAUUAUUACCAUUUACAUAUACGUUUCCAUGACAACUUGAUAUCAUACAUGAGCGUAAAAUGUGUAAAAUGUGAGUAUUUCUUUUACAACAUAUAUUGAUUAUUUUUAUGUGUAAACUUGCCUAUGACAUAUUGUGUUAUCGUCCAUCCAAAUCAUUAAAAGCUAUAUUAUAUUUUA